UUCUUUGGUGAUUAUGCGGUUCGGUAUUAACAGUGAAACUUUCCGCACGACCCCGUACAUUUUGGUGAAAGAAUGAAAGGAUACGAAGCGUAGGAACAACACGUCGUUUCGAAUGUCAGACUCGUAUUUUUAACUUGUUUACGCCGGAGCUGCUGUCGAGAGGAGGAGAAGGAUUCACCCACAUUCUUCCUCCCGAUGCCAACACCGCUGACUGGGCUGGACGGGGACCUCCUCUCUUAUUUCCUCACAUCUCUGUGAUGCAGCCAGGUGAGCUGCAGGCGGAUGGAUGAGCGGCUGAGGCUGGAUGGAUGCUGGCUGCUUUCUGGUCUAGUGGGGGAUUCUCCGUGUGUCUCGUAUUACACUGCUGCGCUUCAUCCUCCUGUCUCCCUCCAUCGCGGUCGGUCUCCUGCAGCCUGCGAGCGGAUGAAUGCCAAAGACUGUGAUUUUACCGUCGCCAAAAGGACUCCAUGUCUUUCUUGGACUGUUCCUGCAUCUCCCACGCUCAGGUCCAGCCCAUGGACAUAGAGGAGCGCUAUGAGGACACCAGCCACCAGUUCCUGAGCUGUGACGGUUCUGAAUACACUCUGCAAGGGCCAGCAGGUGGCGAUGACGUCACUGGGCUGUCGGCCGAACCGGCCCACUACCAGCUACUGUCUGAGCUGGGAAGAGGCUUCCACAAUCUGAGCCAGGUGAACAUGGCCCGCCACAUCCCCACCGGCCAGCUGGUGGCUGUCAAACAAACCAACCUGGACGAGUGCACAGAGGAGGAGCUGCUGCAGCUCAUGAAUGAGGUUCUGCUGUCCCGACUCUUCCGUCACCCCAACCUGCUGACCUCUCGCCUGGUCUUUAGCUCCUGCUGCCAGCUGUGGGUCCUGACACCGCUCAUGGCCUAUGGCUCUGCAGACACCUUACUGAGGACAUAUUUCCCCGAUGGAAUGAGUGAGUCCCUGAUAGCGUACCUGCUGUACGGUGUGCUGAAGGCAUUGGAAUACCUGCACCGGAUGGGCUACGUUCACCGGGGGGUGAAGGCCAGUCAUAUCCUGCUGUCAGGGGAGGGCCGCGUCUACCUCUCAGGGCUCCACAGUGUUUACAGUAUGAUGCGAGAGGGGAAGAGGAUGAGGGCGGUGUUUGAUAUGCCCCAUCACAGUCCAGCACUGCUGCCCUGGCUCAGCCCGGAACUACUGCGACAGGACCUGCACGGCUACGGAGUCAAGUCAGACAUCUACAGUUUGGGUAUCGUUGCCUGUGAGCUGGUCAGCGGCAGGGUGCCUUUCCAGGACAUGCCACCCACUCAGAUGCUGCUUCAGAAGCUGCGUGGCUCCCACUGCUGCCUGCUGGACGUGGCUCCCUUCCCGCUGGGAGAACUGGGGGGACUGAAGGUGUCGCGCUCCGGGGUGGACUCCGGCAUCGGGGAGAGCGUGGCCACAGGGAGCCUGACGCACAGCGCCACCGCUCCUCCUGCCGACAGACCUCAGAGCCCUGGACCCAAAAACCACUCGGCCACCCUGCACAACCUGGUCCAGCUGUGUCUGCAGCAGCAGCCUGAGCGCAGACCGUCAGCUUCUGAACUGUUGACACACGCCUUCUUCAAGCAGGUGAAGAGGCACACCAGAGACUCCUUCCUCAGUCUCAUGUACCCAGCAGUGCCCCUCGCCAGCCCCGAGGACCCUCCGGUAUCCAGCCCCCCGGCCCCUUCCUGCCACUCUCCAGCCUCAACCACCGCAGACGCCGUGGAGGCCGUUUGGGACUUCUCCUAACCCCCCACGUCCUCCUUCGAUGUCCCCCCGAAUUCUCCAAAUCCUGACUAGCAAGCCAAACACAAGACAAUCAAAACAAAGCAAUGAGGCCAAAUUCUACUGUGCUUUUAUUUUGUAUGACUAUUAACCCGACUCUCUGAGCCUUUUUUAAAAUAGUUUUGUAGUUUUUUUUAUCUGUUUGUCUGAUGCCCGUGUGGAUUCAGGGCCCGGAGGCGGAGAGGCGACUGUGAAAGUGCUGGAUCUAAGAAGCUGCUCUGAUCACAUGGUAAGGAUCCAUAGCAACACUAACGAACUGUCAACGAGUCGGAGGACAAAAGACGAUUCGGUUGACUAACGAUCACUUCCUCUGAGGUAAUUAUGACUGAAAGGAAAGCUGAAAGUUGACAGCAGCUGUGUGUCUGAGCACAUUUAGUUGCUUUUAUGGUCGUAUUUUCAGAGGUGAUGGUUAUUUUUGAGGUAGAUGACUACAGUGUAGAACCUGCUGCUCUGCUCAAACAACACUAAUGCUGUACCUGGAAUAAAUAAGUGAACACACCAAAACAAUUAAUCCUAACAGGUACUGAGCAUCAGAGAUGAUGUGAGGCUGGAUUCUUCCUUUACAGUGUUAGUACGUAUUCAGACUGUGAAUAGUGAAUACUGAGGUACACAGAAAGAGAUUUUCUACACAUAUGUGCAUAUAUAUUCAUCCCUGUCAGAGGUUUUCAGACCAAGAGUUAACGGGAGACAUGGAGGAUGUAUCUGCGUUAAAUUGCUUCUCCUCCUCAGAGUCGUAGCUCACUCGGAUCUGAACACAGACGUGAUGCACAUAUUUUUGGAUUCGGUGUGACUUACUCCUCCCGAGAAUAUAAAUAUGUCCGACGCCCAUCUUGAAUAAACAGCGACAGAUUGCUUUGACAUCAGAGGAAAACAAUGAUUUUCAAGACUCCAAAAGUUGCCUGAGAAUCAUCACAUUUGAAAUGUUUUCUCAGCAUCAUAUUAAUCGAGUGGUCGCUGCCUGUACAUGCAGAGAGCAGCUGCUAAUUCCACAUCAUUUUAAUGAUUGGGUUCUAACAAAAUGUAAACAAAUACUGAACCCACUAAAAUCUGGGUUCAGGAUGUCGCCCACAGCUGGCUAACUGGUUUCCUUUAUACUCACUGUGUUGACAUCUUUCAAACGAAACCCCCCAUUUCACCAGAUUUAUUUUCCCAGGGUACCAUGUAAACUGUGUAAAUAUCUUGCUGCUGUAUGUUUGAACAUAUAUGCACAUACGGUUCCUGUACAGUGACUCUAAAACAUGCACAAGAAACAAAGUGUGCUGUGAAAACAAAACAAGAAGAGCACACGAGCAAUAGGAUAUACCUGAUGUUCCAUGUAGCAGUUAGAAACCGUCCCCGCCCCGAUCAUGAGUGAUGCACCGACGGAUUAUUUCUACUGUGCUCUGUGACCACUUCUCCAACAAUGCCUUUAUGUUUUACUGAAACCUGAACAUGGUGAUCUCUCUGUAACUGUGAUUACGUGUACUGUGUAUGAGAACUGUGAGCUGCAGUACAUAUCAAACAUGGUAGCUGUGUGAGCCUUAUAUAUAUAUACACAUAUUAUAAAUGAUACCGUAUGUAUGUAUAUACAAACUUGAUUUCCAAACCUUCUGUUA